AGCGCGCAGGCGCCCUAGCCCAUGUCGGUCGGCUUCUCCGGGUUUCAGUGGUUAGACCUGGAUCCGGAGCCGCCUUGAGGCGGGGCUGGGCCUUCCCGGCGGCCAAUGGCGCCCCGGGUGAGGGUUGAGGGGUGGGAGGCGCUGGCCCGCCUGAGGUGCCCAGCUCCUCCAGCGCGUGUGCCCCGCUACCUGGUCGUCAUGGAGGAGGUCUUGGCUGAAGAGCUUGAUGAUGAGGAGCAGCUGGUGAGAAGGCAUCGGAAGGAGAAGAAGGAGCUGCAAGCUAAAAUUCAGGGAAUGAAGAACGCUGUUCCCAAAAACGACAAAAAGAGGAGGAAGCAGCUCACAGAAGAUGUUGCUAAACUGGAGAGAGAAAUGGAACAGAAACACAGGGAAGAACUGGAGCAGUUGAAGUUGACUUUUAAGGACAAUAAGAUAGAUUCUGUUGCUGAUAACAUUUCAAACUUGGUACUUGAGAAUCAACCACCUCGGAUUUCAAAAGCACAAAAGAGACGGGAAAAGAAGGCUGCAUUGGAAAAGGAACGAGAAGAAAGGAUAGCUGAGGCUGAAAUUGAGAACUUAUCUGGAGCCAGACAUUUAGAAAGUGAAAAACUUGCUCAAAUAUUGGCAGCCAGAGAAUUGGAAAUUAAACAUAUCCCGUCUGAUGGUCAUUGUAUGUAUGGAGCGCUUGAGGAUCAGCUGAGAGAACAGGACUGCGCUCUGACUGUGGCUACCCUGAGGAGGCAGACUGCCGAGUACAUGCAAAGCCAUUCCGACGACUUCCUGCCCUUCCUAACAAACCCCAGCACCGGGGACGUGUACACUCCAGAAGAGUUUGGGAAGUACUGUGACGACAUUGUUAACACAGCGGCAUGGGGAGGCCAGCUUGAGCUAAGGGCUCUUUCUCACAUCUUACAAACACCAAUCGAGAUACUACAGGCAGAUGCUCCUCCUAUUAUAGUUGGUGAAGAGUAUCCGAGGGAUCCAUUAGUGCUAGUAUACAUGAGGCAUGCUUAUGGCUUAGGAGAACAUUAUAAUUCGGUUACACGGUUGGUGAACUCAGCUACUGAAAAUUGCAGCUAAUUUACAAAAUGUUACACUGUUAUAUAGAGUGUGCCAAUCUACCAAGUACUAGAUUGUUAUAAAUGCUACUGAAAAACACAGCUACCUUAAAUGAGUUUUAUGAAUAAGCUUACUAACAGGCUUUUAGAAAUACGGUGGAUUACCUUUAGCCAGUGCUCUCUUAAUGGCAGUUGUAGAAUUUAAAGUCUGUUGUGGAGAAUAUCACUCAUAGACAAAGCUGUUACUCUUUGCAAUAAUUAAUUUUAGUUGUCCUGCACAUUCUGGUUUGGAAUAAAUUUUGUUUUAAAUUUUGGCCCCACAACUUUAUGUUCUAAAAGUAAAGAUUUCAAUUUAAUUUUUCUUAAAAGUAUGGAGACUUGGUCUCUGUCAUCAUAGGAACAUAUUGUAGUGACAGCAGGUGUGUCAUUGCUUAGAAAGUGCUCACAGUCCCGGUGACUGGUAUCCUAGGUCAGCAGUGUGCAGCUUUUUAUGCAGCCUAUCUCUGCUGCUAAGAAGAAACUGCUUCAGUAGUUAAGAAGAUUUGAAUACUGAAUGCUUAUAUGAGAAUCAGUAUAAAGAAAUGAGACAAAAUCAAUGGUAAAUAGGUGUCAUUUGUCAAUUUUGAAUCUUUUGUAACAAAUUGGAGAUUUCCCUUUUCUGUAUGUGUAGCUUUAAAAGUUUGUAAUUCCUGCAUUGCUGGCCUCUCAGCCAGAGGCUGGAGUUAGAGUUGAACCUUGUUUCUCUUCACAACUGAGAAUUUUUACACUUUGCCCAACAGUUCUCAGCUGCUAUGCUUUCUCUAGUACUUUCCUGCUGAGAGGCAUCCGGCAGCCUCUCACUGCUCACGCUGCAAGGUGAUGCUGUGAUAAUGCAGAAAGGGCCAUGAGCACAUUCCCUUUAAGUCUUCCCCCUUCCAGCUGUGCUCACUUUCUAGGAUUCAAUGAAAGCCCUGGCUACAAAUUAUUUUGUUACAUAAUGUAUCACUUUUUUUACUCACAUGUUUAUUAUAUUUUAUGUGUAAGAAAAGUUGAUGGCAGGGGUGGCGCAUUGCCUUUAAUCCCAGCACUUGGGAGGCAGAGGCAGGCGGAUUUCUGAGUUCAAGGCCAGCCUGGUCUACAGAGCGAGUUCCAGAACAGCCAGGGCUACAUGUUUUUUAGAGAGAGAAACCCUCUCUAUAUAUAUAAAAAAAAAAGAAAAAAAGAAAAAAGAAAAAAAUUGGGAAAGAAAAGUUGAAGGUCCCUGUUCAGAAGCAGAGAGCUGUGUGGUAAAAUCAGUACAGAAGAAUUUUAUAUGGAAUGAAUGAGUCAUGUUACUGAGAUUUUAAAUCACUUAGAACAGCAUUCUUUGUUAGAGAGUUGUGCCCCACACAAGUGUGCUGCUGUUCUUGUGUAACAGUCCACGGGAUGGAGACACAGCUCUAGAGCACUCGCCUACUGUGCAGGAGGCUCAAGGUUCAAUUUUUAGCACCAACAAAACACAAUUUAUGAAAAUGAAACUUCUUAUUGUGAUCUGUUUUUUUCCAAGUUAGAAAUAUAACUAAGUUGAGCAUCAUGUUUAUAACACUUGGGCUUUGAUCUAUGUACACGUCUCUGAGUAAAUAAUGGGCUUUGAUGGUAAAAGCAGGUAGUGGUGGGUGUGGUAAGGCGGCAGAGCGGUCGGUGGAGCAAGGGCUGUUUGAGGUCGUUCUGGCUGACUGAAGCGCACUCCUGCCUGCCUCACGGGGAGGGCAUUCUGAAACCUGUCUGUAACUUUUGAUCCUUUUUUAUUCUGAAAUUUAUAAAAGCAUCAAGUUGUAAAAUAAAUGCUUCGAACUCAUUUUGAAGUAAUGUUAUCUUCAUCAGCCUUAAGGAGUAAUAAAACAUUAUGAAAUAGUUAUUGAAAAUUCCGUUUGUAACAAAGAUACUCUAAAAUAACUCAUUAAUGUUUCAUUGUUUUGACAAGAAUUCAAAUGUACUGAAUUAUGUAUUUCUAAUUUUUGUUUAUAUGUUUUAUUUUAAAAGGGCCAGUAUAUUUAUGAAUAAAAUGUAUGGCCCACUUCUACCAUUUUAGCGAUAAAUGGAAAAAUCUUCUAAAAACGGUAGAUGUUAAUUUAAAAACAAUGUAUGCAAAUUAAGUUUGCUGCUGCUGGUCUGAUUGAAAACAUUUAUGUCAGAAUUCUAGAAUGUGUCUUCAGCCAAGAAUUUUAUCUACUUACAUAUAUUUAUAACCUGUAAAAAGUAAAACAAAGAAUGUGUAACUGUUGUGAGCAAAAUAGCUUUGCUCGUAAUAUGUGAUGUUUACCAAAAGAAUAAAUGAUAAAGAGUUGAAUCAA